AUGAUUAAGAACAAGGAGGAUAGAGUUUAUAGACUCAAGAAGGCAUUAUAUGGCAUUAAGCAAGCAACAAAAGCUUGGUAUGAAGAAAUCAACUCUUAUUUCACAAAGGCUGGUUUUCAAAGAAGUCCUAGUGAAGCAACAUUGUAUGUGAAGACUACAGACAAUGGAAUACUCAUUGUUUCUCUAUAUGUGGAUGAUAUUAUUUACAUUGGAAGUUCAAAAGAAUUGAUGAUGGAGUUCAAAACGGAGAUGAUGAAACAAUAUGAAAUGACUGACUUUGGGUUAUUGCAUCAUUUUUUGAGGUUAGGUGUGAUACAAACUGAGUCUUACAUCUUUUUACAUCAGAAAAAGUAUGCAAAGACAUUGCUGGAUAAGUUUGGUUUCAAAGAUUGUAAACCAGUUGCUACUCCUCUUGCAGUGAAUGGAAAACUGUCUAAGAUGGAUAAGAGGAGUGAUCAAGCUGAUGAAAGUGUAUAUAGGCAGAUAGUUGGAAGCAUGCUAUACUUGACUGCAAUAAGACUAGAUAUCAUGUUUGCAGCAAGUCUUUUGGCUAGAUUUAUGCAUGGUCCCACCAAAAAACAUAUAGGAACUUCCAAGAGAGUACAUAGAUACAUUCAAGGCACACUUGAUUAUGGUAUAGCAUAUGAGAAAGGGAAAGAAACAAUGCUUAUUGGCUACUGUGAUAGUGAUUGGUCAGGGAGUGAGGAUGACAUGAAAAGCACAUCUAGAUAUGCAUUUAGUCUUGGAUCAGGUGCAUUUUCUUGGGCAUCUGUCAAGCAAAGCAGUGUUGCACUAUCCACUGCAGAUGCUGAAUAUGUUAGUGCAGCAGAAGCCACUGCACAAGCAAUCUAG